CCACCUCCACCAAAGUACGUCGAAAAGUCACCAGCCUACUACAAGUCACCCCCUCCACCUUAUUACAAGCCGUCUCCAUCUUACUACAAAUCCUCUCCACCUCCACCAAAAUACAUUGAGAAAUCACUAACUUCCAAUAAAUCACCCCCUCCACCAUACUACAAGCCCUCCCCAACUGACUACAAAUAUCCUCCACCUCCACCAAAGUACGUUGAGAAGUCACCAAACUACUACAAGUCACCCCCUCCAUCAUACUACAAGCCGUCUCCAUCUUACUACAAAUCCCCGCCACCUCCACCAAAGUACGUCGAGAAGUCACCCGCCUACUACAAGUCAACCCCUCCACCAUACUACAAGCCAUCUCCAACUCACUACAAAUCCCCUCCAACUCCACCAAAGUACGUCGAGAAGUCACAAGCCUACUACAAGUCACCUCCUCCACCAUACUAUAAGCCAUCUCCAACUUACUACAAAUCCCCUCCACCUCCACCUCCACCAAAGUAUGUCGAAAAGUCGCCAGCUUACUACAAAUCACCCUCUCCACCUUACUACAAGCCCUCUCCAACUUACUACAAAUCCCCUCCAUCUCCACCAAAGUACGUUGAGAAGUCACCAGUCUACUACAAGUCACCACCUCCACCAUACUACAAGUCGUCUCCAACUUACUACAAAUCCCCUCCACCUCCACCAAAGUACGUCGAAAAGUCUCCAGCUUACUACAAAUCACCCCCUCCACCAUACAACAAGCCCUCUCCAACUUACUACAAAUCCCCUCUACCUCCACCAAAGUACGUCGAGAAGUCACCAGCCUACUACAAGUCACCUCCUACACCAUACUACAACCCGUCUCCAAUUUACUACAAAUCCCCUCCACCUCCACCAAAGUACGUCGAGAAGUCACCAACCUACUACAACUCACCUCCUCCACCAUACUAUAAGCCCUCCCCAACUUACUAAAAUUCCCCUCCACCUCAACCAAAGUACGUUGAGAAGUCGCCAACCUACUACAAGUCACCGCCUCCACCACUACCAACAACAAACUUCUACAAGCAAACUCCUAUGUAUACCUCACCUCCCCCGUCUGCCAAGUACUAGCAAUCUCCCACCUAUAGUCUCCACCACCACCACCCUACUACUGAUAUUAAAGUCACCUAACUUCUAUAUUUUUGAUCAUCCCCUUGCUUUUAAUUUCUUUGCAUUAUCUUGUUUGGAGGUUCUCCACUUAUUUUGUUGCCUCAGUUCUAAAUUGUAUGCAUUCUUGCGGAAGUCAUCAAGCAUUUAUUGGCGUAUUUACUUUUAUUUUAUAAUUUCAAGUAAGAUCUUUGAGAUCUCUAUUUAUUCGACUCAUUGUAUCAAGAUCUUUUUUAAUGUAAUCUAUCGAGCAUAUUUACUUCUUCAAUUGGUCUA